AUGCCACUAGCUCUCAGUAUCUGUGAAGGUAUUAAAUUAGAAAGAAGUUCAAGUCAGGGAGAAGACAAUUCCUCAGAGGCAUUUUCAAAUGUAGAAAACGGUGUAUUAAAGAAUUGCAAUAAUCACCCAUUAGCAUUAAAAUUUGAACCUUACACGAGUGGACUUCUGUUCAGAAUUGACUGCCCAUUUGCUAGAUCCAGUAUUGCAGGAGACAUUAGUACUACCCAACCAAAUGCUUCAAACGAUGACGGCAGAUUUUCCGGAGGUGAAAUUACUGGUAUUAUUGUUGGAGUUACAGCUCUACUUGCAGUUGUGUUUUCUGUUUUCUUGUUUUGGAGACGGAGGAAAAAAAAGAAAAGAAACAUCCAAAUUCCAGUUCCAAUUGAAGAAGUGCCACUACUCAGUGAAGCUUAUUUUCUCAAAGACCCUUCUGAUAUUGAAUGCAAAGAAGGAGAAGAAGCAAUUUUUACGUUUCAAAUUUGUUCUAACAGUCCUUCUUUAAUCGUUUUGAAAGAUGGCAAGGAUAUAACGAGAAAUGAUAAUUACAAAAUGUCAAGUGAAGGUACACACCAUGUAAUGAAACUCAUGAACACAAAAUAUACUGACGCAGGAGAAUAUAGUGUGCACGUUGGACAAUCUUACCGAAAAGUCCGGCUAAAUAUCAAAGCUUAUUUUCUCAAAGACCCUUCUGAUAUUGAAUGCAAAGAAGGAGAGGAGGCAAUUUUUACGUUUCAAAUUUGUUUAAACAGUCCUUCUGUAAUCCUUUUGAAAGAUGGCAUGGAUAUAACGGGAAAUGAUAAUUACAAAAUGUCAAGUGAAGGUACAAACCAUGAACUGAAACUCAGGAACACAAAAUAUACUGACGCAGGAGAAUAUAGUGUGCAAGUUGGACAAUCUUACCGAAAAGUCCUGCUGAAUAUAAAAGAACUUCCAACUAUUGAAGAAAAAAAUACAUAUUUGAACGCUUUACAAUUUGGAGAAGAAGAACGACGUUAUGUUAGAAUUCAAGUUAUUGGGAAAGAUCGUGUUGGAAAAACAAGUCUUGUACGUAGAUUGCUAGGGAAAGGAAUAGAUGAUGUAAGAAGCACUGAUGGAAUUGAUAUUGAUAAAACAUGUCAGAUUAGAACAAGUGAUGGUGAAUGGAUUGUUGGUGAAGUUGAGGAAGAAAAGGUACAAAUUGAAAAGAGGAUACAACAGGCUGUUAACAUGAAACGGGAAGUCAAAGAAUUAGUUUCAAAUCGAGAUCAUCCAUCUAAAGAUCACCCUAAUGACAUUAAAGAUAAGACAAAUAUGAUAAUUCCAUCCAAUGUUCAGUUAUUGCUUGCAGACAAGGAAAAAAAUCGAAUUAUUUCAGCUGAUGAAAAUAAUGAUAAUGAACUAGCUACAGAAUACACAAAGCACACUUCAGAUGUUUCAAAUAACAAAGUAAACGUUACAGACACUGUUUAUGUUAGUGCAGACAAAACAAAUUUUGAAAACCGUGAAGAAAGAGAUAUGAAAAAGGUGGAACAAAUGCCAGAUACACUUGAGAAACAAAAUUCAGACAACUCAAAUAAAUCCGAUCAGAUAACUGCAGCUAUUAGUGAACAUAUGGAUGAUAUUCUCUUUUAUGUCAAAAAUAAAGAACACAAAAUGACAUCAGAGGGUUUGGUUGAAUGCGGCAUAUGGGAUUUUGCAGGCCAAAAAGACUAUUAUGCUACACACCAAACAUUUUUCACUCCAGAUGCUAUUUAUCUUCUGGUUGUAGAUAUAACGGACGACAUAGAAGCUGUUCAAUAUAGUAAACAGUUUAAUAUUGAUUCUAGUGGAGAAUACAUUGACUUUUGGCUUGAUAGUAUUCACUGUUUUCGUACAGACCGUGUAGAUCCUGUAGAUGUUCAAAAUAUAACAGCUCAUUUAUGUCCACCGGUGAUCGUAGUUUGUACUGGAAUUGACAAGGUAACAGAUAUAGAGGCUAAAAAAAAAGAAUAUGAAAGUAAAUUUCUUGAGACGUUUGGAAAUCAGAAGAAGAGCAGUCACAAAAGAGGCAUCAUUCACUUUAUUUCAAACAAAGAGUUUCAUAAAGAAGGUUAUGAAAAUUUGAAAAAAGAUAUUUCAGAAAUUGCAAAGGAGAUGAAGUAUUUUGCUAAUAAACUUCCUACAAAAUGGAUCCUACUCGAAAAUGCAAUAGCAGUGUUAAAAGAUAUAUGGAAAUGGAAAUCUGUAGAUGGCAAUAUAUACCGAAAUAUCAUAGAAGAAUUUUGCAAUGAAAUUGAAGAGUUAAAAGGGGAAUUUCAUAAAUUAGAUUACAAAAUAAAAGCCAAAUGCAAUAAUGGCGAUCCUUCUAUUAGUGCCGGUCGAAUCGGCUAUGAAGAUCUUACUAGCUUAUGUAAAGAUGGAGAAUAUGUCUGUGAAGAACAUCAGCAAAUUCACAGCAAAGAAAACAUAGAGAAUACAUGGUUAAGACACGCUCCAAUUAUACAGGAAAACAUAAAAAGGAAACAAUCAUUGAAAAAGAAGGAGAAGAACAAACUUGCAAAAACAGUAGACGGUAAAGAGACAGACUACAUGAUAGAGAUAUUAAAAGGUCCAAUACCAUGGAGCAUAAGAGUACAAAUUGAAGCGGAGUUGGAAGCUUGGAAAGAAGAAGACAAACUGUUUAUAGAAACAAACGGAGCAAAAAGUGUAUUAAAAAAUAUCGAAGAAAACGGUUGCGUUGUUGUUACCGGAAAUUCCGGGACGGGAAAAUCAGCAUUAGUGCGUCACGUAGCUUUACAGAUGCAAAAAAAAGGCUAUGAUAUAAUUCCAAUUUCAAACCCUGAAGAAAUUAUCAAGUGGAAGAAUCCAUAUAAGAAUACCCUGUUUGUUGUGGAUGAUUUCUGUGGUACAUAUACUAUAAAUCAAAUAGAGUUUGAAAAAUGGAAAAAUCUAAUGCUAAAUAUCAAGGUAUUGGUAGAAAGUAACCUAGUCAAAUUGAUCAUGGUUUGUAGAAUUCAGGUUUAUGAGCAUGAACAGUUAAAAUCUUUAUCAUUUUAUCAAUCCUGUGAAUGUAAUCUUAUGACUAAAGAUAUAAGUUUAUCGAAAUCAGAAAAACAAUCCAUAGCUGAACUUUACCUGCAAACAAAGGCUUCUAAGAUAAUAGAUUGUUGCGACAUGUUUGACUGUUUUCCUCUUUUAUGUCAAUUAUGCAGCAAAAACAAAAAACUGAACAUUGUAAAUUUCUUUACGAAUCCAUUUACAGUUUACAAAGAAGAGAUAGAUAGAUUACAUAUAGAGGGAGCACAUGUCAAAUACUGUGCACUUGCUUUAUGUGUCAUGUUUAACAACCGGUUGAAAGAAGAAUGGCUUACAGAAGAUGUGGAUAAGGAUAUUAAAACAAUUAUAAAGAACACAUAUGAAGCUUGUAAAGUUAUGAAAGGAAUGUCGAGAUUGGUUGUCCGUGAUGAGCUUGAUUCACUUACUGAUACAUUUAUCAGAAAGGAAGGUACAGUGUACAGAACUAUUCAUGACAAACUGUUUGACUUUCUUGCGUUUUACUUUGGCAGUGUAAUGAUUAAUUGCUUAAUUAAUAAUGCUACAAGUCACUUUAUAAGUGAAAGGUUAUUAUUUGAAAGAAAAGAAAAAACAGAUGCAUUUACAAUUAUUGUAACAGAAAGAUAUACGCAAAUGUAUAUAAACAGAAUGGUAGAUGACUGGUCAAGAAAAAAUGUAGUGGAUGUCUUCUGUAACAUCAAUAUGAACAAUCAAAUCUUCAGACAAAGAUUCCUAAUGCAUAUAAAAGGUUUAAAAGUAUCACAACAGACAAAAUUGGCUAAUCUACAUGACACAAACAAUAAUAGCACCCCAUUGAUACAAUGUUGUUCUACAGGAGAUAUUGCUCUAGUAACAUGGUGUUUACAUAUUUGUAUUAGUAAUAUAAAUCAUUGUCGUAAUAGUAAUAACGAAUCACCUCUGUAUAUUGCUUGCGAGGAAGGAUAUACUGAAGUAGUUCAGAUGUUAAUACACAAUAAGGCAGACAUUAAUAAGUGUAGAAAUACUGGAGAAUCACCUCUGUAUAUUGCUUGUCAGAAAGGACAUAAUGAAGUAGUUCAGAUGUUAAUAAACAAUAAGGCAGACAUUAAUGAGUGUAGAAAUACUGGAGAAUCACCUCUGUAUAUUGCUUGUCAGAAAGGACAUAAUGAAGUAGUUCAGAUGUUAAUCAACAACAAGGCAGACAUUAAUAAGUGUGAUGUUGAUGAAAAAUCACCUCUGUUUAUUGCUUGUCAGGAAGGACAUACUGAAGUAGUACAGAUGUUAAUAAACAAUAAGGCAUACAUUAAUAAGUGUGAUGAUGACGAAAUAUCACCUUUGAGCAUUGCUUGUCAGAAAGGAUAUACUGAAGUAGUUCAGAUGUUAAUAAACAAUAAGGCAGACAUUAAUAAGUGUGACGAUGACGAAAUAUCACCUUUGUACAUUGCUUGUCAGAAAGGACAUUCUGAAGUAGUACAGAUGUUAAUAAACAAUAAGGCAGACAUUAAUAAGUGUGAUGAUGACGAAAUAUCACCUUUGUACAUUGCUUGUCAGAAAGGACAUUCUGAAGUAGUACAGAUGUUAAUAAACAAUAAAGCAGACAUUAAUAAGUGUGAUGAUGACGAAAUAUCACCUUUGUACAUUGCUUGUCAGGAAGGACAUUCUGAAGUAGUACAGAUGUUAAUAAACAAUAAGGCAGACAUUAAUAAAUGUAGUGAUAUUGGAGAUUCACCUCUGGACAUUGCUUUGCAAAACGGACAUCAUGCAAUAACUGAUAUAUUAAAACAAACACUAGGACAGGCGACUUCUUAAAAGUAUAAAGAUAAUGAAGAUUUAUCUCAGAUCAUUGUUUUGUCAGGAAGGACAUACUGAAGUAGUUCAGAUAUUUAUAAACAAUUCAAGCAGACAUUCAUAAGUAUUAAACUACUGGCGAAUCACCUAUACCUGAGACAACUAUAACACAGAGAUUGAUCACUCUCAAUUUCCAUAUAAAACCGUAUACACUCAAUAAAGCUAGCUACGUUAGUUUAACGUAGUUUCGUAUUUUACCGUUAGCAGACGACAUGUAAUUGUUCAAUUAAAAUUGAAUAAAACAAAGCGAAUUAUUAUUUUCAAUGCUGACUUUACUAUUCAUAUUAUAUGAAUAU